CCUAAACGUGGAGGUGGGAUUUUAGCUACCGUCCAUCUUCAGCUACAUUACAGUAAGCGAGCCAGUCGAAAAGAAAAUAUAUUUUGGAAGUAAAGAAGAUUUUCUGGAAUUAGUUUUGGCUUUAUUUGAUAUAAGACAAACGAAAGCCCAUACCCUAGAUCACUUUUUGACAGACGGAAUGUGGAAAUUGCCGUAGUCAGAGCCAUGGCUGAUAAAAGAAAACUACAAGGUGAAAUUGACAGAUGUUUGAAAAAAGUAGCGGAAGGUGUUGAACAGUUUGAGGACAUCUGGCAAAAACUCCACAAUGCAGCUAAUGCGAACCAGAAGGAAAAAUAUGAAGCUGACCUCAAGAAAGAGAUUAAAAAAUUACAGCGAUUGAGAGAUCAAAUAAAAACAUGGGUGGCCUCGAACGAAAUCAAAGACAAACGGCAGCUAGUAGAGAACCGAAAACUAAUAGAGACGCAAAUGGAGCGGUUCAAAGUGGUGGAACGUGAAACAAAAACAAAAGCCUACUCUAAAGAAGGCUUAGGACUUGCUCAGAAGGUGGAUCCAGCUCAGAGGGAAAAGGAGGAAACGGGACAGUGGCUAACAAAUACAAUAGACACACUAAAUAUGCAGGUGGAUCAGUUUGAGAGCGAAGUGGAGUCACUUUCAGUCCAGACGCGAAAAAAGAAGGGUGACAAAGAGAAGCAAGAUCGCAUUGAUGAACUAAAGCGGUUGAUUGAGAGGCAUAGAUACCACAUUCGCAUGUUGGAAACUAUUUUACGGAUGCUGGACAAUGACUCUGUACCGGUGGAUGCUAUCCAGAAGAUCAAGGAUGAUGUUGAGUACUACAUUGAUUCCUGUCAAGACCCGGACUUUGAGGAGAACGAGUUCCUGUAUGACGACUUAGACCUGGAAGACAUCCCUCCGGCAUUAGUCGCCACGUCUCCAUCAGGCAACGUGGAAGAUGACAUGUAUCUCCACUCUAGCAGCACUCCCACCUCAACUACAUCUUCUUCACCCAUCCCUCCAUCUCCGGCCACUUGCACUGCUGAGAACUCAGAGGACGAUAAGAAAAGGGGACGGUCGACAGACAGUCAAGUUAGUCAGUCGCCUGUGAAGAACGGUGCCCCAUCCUUUCAAUCUUCCUUCUCUUCUUCCGCCACCUCUGGGUCUUCUUCUUCCUCCUCCCUCUCCAUGGCGAGCGUCGUUGGAGGCAUUCCCGCCGUUCCCACCAGCAGCAGUCUCAUAGGAAGUUUCAGCAGCGCGGUACAGCAGCAUCAGCAUCAAUCUGCACAACAGCAGCAACAGUCUCAGCCGUCGAAUCCGUCGCAGCAGCAGCAGCAGCCGCCUCAAACAAAACCGUCAGCUCCCUCAAACAACAACAACCCCAGCCCGCCUAGCAACCCACUUCUCCCAGCAUCCACCGCCCCGUCACUCUCCACGCCCAGCACACCCAGUUUAACAGCUCCCAACUCCCAGUCCAGCCCCGGGCCGACUCCGGCGUCCAGCCUAGGACUGGGGCUGGGCUUGGAUUUAAGGAAAGGCGGCAUGAGCGGGACCAGCAGUGCCAACCAGAUGCCGAGUUUAGGCCUGGCUGGCCACAGCACUCCUUUAAACACAAUGGCCGGUCUGAUUCAAGGCUCCACGUCGGCCCUCUACGCUCACGCGGCGGCGGCUGGGGGCCUGGGUCUGAGCAGUACCACUCAGUCCAGCAUUUUGUCGGAGAGUAGCACUUCCAUCUCCAAUUCGAGUUCCAGCGGGGUCACCACCAACGGAGCGGGGUCGGGGCUCAGCUUGCUGGGCUCCAGCCCGAACCACAACUCUCUCACUGGCAGCAUCCUGGGUCUGGUCCCUGGGCAGAGCGUGGCCCCCGCCACAUCACAGGUGCCCCCAAGUCCUGUCAGCUCUGCCCCCGGGUCCGUUGGCAUGAUGGUAGGAAACGGAGGGAACGCCGGUGUGGUCGGAGUGAACGCCGCUCCCGCCAGACCGCCGAGCGGACUGAAGCAGAACGGAAGCCCAAGUUACAGCGCUGUAGUGGCAGAGAGCUCCACAGAAUCAGCUCUAAGCACACUGAGCCAGUCACAGAGCAGCCAAACCUCGUCACUCAGUUCCUCAACCAGCCAGCCGAUGGACAACGGCCCCAGCUUAAUCAGCUCCAUCACACUGCCCCCCAGCUCUCCCUCGCCCUCCUUCUCAGACAGCACACCGGGCGGUGGGAGCCUCCUCAACGGGCCCCACUCGUAUCCGCAGGCCUCUGAGGGCCUCAAGGCUCCGGAGCCCCUCAGCUCUCUGAAGGCGAUGGCUGAGAGAGCAGCGCUGGGAUCGGGAUUAGACGGAGAGAUUUCCAACAUGCAUGUGAACGAUAUCUUCUCUGGUUCGUCGGCAGCGCCCGGCACACCCGCCGCUCCUCAGCCGUCCGUGUCGGAGGUCAGCAUCCCCCCCUCGCUCGGGGUCUGUCCCCUGGGCCCGACUCCUCUCUCCAAAGACCAGCUGUACCAGCAGGCCAUGCAGGAGGCGGCGUGGACACACAUGCCACACCCUUCUGACUCCGAGAGGAUCAGGCAAUACCUGAUGAGGAAUCCCUGCCCUACUUUGCCAUACCACCAUCAAGUCCCGCCGCACCACUCUGACACCAUCGAGUUCUACCAGAGGCUGUCCACAGAAACUCUCUUCUUCAUCUUCUACUACCUGGAGGGCACCAAGGCUCAGUAUCUAUCUGCCAAGGCUCUGAAGAAACAAUCAUGGAGGUUUCACACCAAGUACAUGAUGUGGUUUCAGAGGCACGAAGAGCCCAAGACGAUCACUGAUGAGUUUGAACAGGGCACUUACAUUUACUUCGACUAUGAGAAAUGGGGCCAGAGGAAAAAAGAAGGGUUCACCUUUGAGUACAGGUACCUCGAGGACAGAGACUUGCAGUGACACACACAGAGGGACGCAAAAGGACAGAGAAAAACAAAACGUGCUGCUGUUGACAUUCCGAGACUGAACUCCAAACUGUGGAUAGAGAUUGUGAUGUGUAGUAGAAACCCUCUCCCGACACGGAGACCGGUGUCUGUAUAGGCUGCAUCUCAAUGUGAAGCCCUAGCUCCUCGUGUAGUGCUUUUUUCUUUUUCGACAAAAAAAAAAACAAAACAAAAAAAAAAAACACCCUGUGGGUCCGAUCAAACGUUGCCACGCUGCACGAGCUGGGAAGGUUCCCGUUGGAGAUCCGCGUCUGUGUGCACACUCAGUAUGUGGCAUCAGGAAAAGCCUGCCCAACCCUCCCUACCCCCCCAUGCAUGUUUCUCAUAUAAUUUUUUUUUUCUUUUUCCGUUUCAACAAUGAUUCUCUGUACCACCUGCCCAACAUGACCCUGGAAGCCUUUUGACUCGGCACAAAACAAACCUUGGAUUAGAUUGUUAUGGUGCCCAUCUUGUAUUUUCUGUAAUUCGGUGGUUUAGAACGGGGACGUUCAGUGGACAUUUAGUGAUGGUGUGUAGGAACGGCUUCUUUUAAGACCCUACAAUGCCUGUUGAAUAUGGUCACUAUUGAAGAUAGUGAGCUCUUAUCAAUAGUUUUAUUGAUAUUGUCUUGGUCGAUUAAACCGUGAUUGAGAGUGACCACAGGGCCUCUCCCUGUGUAAGGGAAAGAGUCCUUAUUGGACAUGGAUUAAAUUGCUAUGCAAUUGAACUGGUCUCUGACUCUCUUUACAAAUAAAAUGUUUUUAAGUUAACCUCUCAAAGAUAUUAUGGCGCCUUCAUGUUUGUGAUGACGUAAUAAACAUGUAAAAUAAAUCUUAAUAUUAGGGUUUGAGACAUUUUA